GGGGCUCCGGAGCACCGGGCAGGAAGAGACGAACCCACCGGCCGCCGCGGACCCAGCGCGUCCCCACCUUCGGACCCCGCCAUGUGGGGUCUCCUGCUCGCCUUGGCCGCCUUCGCGCCUGCCGUCGGUCCGGGUCUGGGGGCGCCUGGCACGUCGGUGCUGGGACUUGCGCCUCCCGCUGCCACCGAGGCCCGGGGCUCGACCCUGGCCCCGCAGAGCAGCCCGGUACAGCCGCCCGCGGGGAAGAGUAACGGGACCUCAGAACAGCAUGUUCGGAUUCGCAUUGUCAAGAAGAAGAAGAUCAUUAUGAAGAAACGAAAGAAGCUAACUCAUCCUGGACCCCUGGUGACUGCCAAGCCUCCGGUGACCACCACCCCUGCAGGAGCCCUUGACCCCUCAGAGGAGCAGGAACCAGGCUGCCCCCCCUUGGGUCUGGAGUCCCUGCGAGUUUCGGAUAGCCAGCUCGAGGCAUCCAGCAGCCAGUCCUUUGGUCUUGGACCACACCGGGGACGGCUCAACAUCCAGUCAGGCCUGGAGGACGGCGAUCUGUAUGACGGGGCCUGGUGUGCUGAGGAGCAGGAUACUGAGCCAUGGUUUCAGGUGGAUGCUAGGCACCCCACCCGCUUCUCAGGCAUUAUCACACAGGGCAGGAACUCUGUCUGGAGGUACGACUGGGUCACAUCAUACAAGGUCCAGUUCAGCAAUGACAGUCAGACGUGGUGGGGGAGUAGGAACCGCAGCAGUGGGAUGGAUGCGGUGUUUCCUGCCAACUCAGACCCAGAGACACCAGUGCUGAACCUCCUGCCUGAGCCCCAGGUAGCCCGCUUCAUUCGCCUGCUGCCCCAGAACUGGCUCCAGGGAGGCACAUCUUGCCUCCGGGCAGAGAUCCUAGCCUGCCCGAUCUCAGAUCCUAACGACCUAUUCCCUAAGGCCCCUGAAUUGGAAUCCUCUGAUCCUUUGGACUUCCGGCAUCACAAUUACAAGGCCAUGAGGAAGCUGAUGAAGGAGGUGAACGAGAAGUGCCCCAACAUCACCCGCAUCUACAGCAUCGGGAAGAGCCACCAGGGCCUGAAGCUGUAUGUGAUGGAAAUGUCGGACCAGCCUGGGGAGCAUGAGCUGGGAGAGCCUGAGGUGCGCUAUGUGGCUGGCAUGCAUGGGAAUGAGGCCCUGGGGCGGGAGCUUGUCCUGCUCCUGAUGCAGUUCCUGUGUCAUGAGUUCCUGCGAGGGGACCCACGAGUGACCCGGCUGCUCACUGAGACACGUAUUCACCUGCUGCCCUCCAUGAACCCUGAUGGCUAUGAGACUGCGUUUCGCCGGGGCUCGGAGCUGGUGGGCUGGGCAGAGGGCCGCUGGAACCACCAGGGCAUUGAUCUUAACCAUAAUUUUGCUGACCUCAACACACCACUGUGGGAAGCAGAGGAUGAUGGGCUAGUGCCUGACACUGUCCCCAACCAUCACCUGCCACUGCCCGCCUACUACAUCCUGCCCAAUGCCACUGUGGCCCCUGAAACGCGGGCUGUGAUUGAGUGGAUGAAGCGGAUCCCCUUUGUGCUGAGUGCCAACCUCCAUGGGGGUGAGCUUGUGGUGUCCUACCCAUUUGACAUGACUCGGACCCCGUGGGCUGCCCGUGAACUCACACCCACUCCGGAUGAUUCCGUAUUCCGAUGGCUUAGCACCGUCUAUGCUGGCACCAACCGAGCCAUGCAGGACCCGGACCGCCGACCCUGCCACAACCAGGACUUCUCCUUGCAUGGCAACAUCAUCAACGGCGCUGACUGGCACACAGUCCCGGGGAGUAUGAAUGACUUCAGCUACCUCCAUACCAACUGCUUUGAAAUCACCGUGGAGCUGUCCUGUGACAAGUUUCCUCACGAGAACGAGCUGCCCCAAGAGUGGGAGAACAACAAAGAUGCCCUCCUCACCUACCUGGAACAGGUGAGAAUGGGCAUCACGGGAGUCGUGCGAGACAAAGACACAGAGCUGGGGAUUGCUGAUGCUGUCAUCGCUGUGGAUGGGAUUAACCAUGAUGUGACAACAGCAUGGGGUGGGGAUUACUGGCGCCUGCUGACCCCUGGGGACUACAUGGUGACAGCCAGUGCUGAGGGCUACCAUACUGCCACCCGGAGCUGCCGGGUCCCCUUUGAAGAGGGCCCGGUACCCUGCAAUUUCCACCUCACGAAGACUCCCAAACAGAGACUUCGAGAGCUGCUUGCAGCUGGGGCCAAGGUGCCCCCAGACCUCCGGAGGCGGCUGGAGCGACUGCGGGGACAGAAGCACUGACAUGUCUGGGUGGAGAGCCCAGGAGCGGCGGGCAGGCUGGACCUGUCCAGAACUGAAGGGGGGAGGGACACAGUAGGGGAAGAGGUGCUCAGGCACAUUAAAGCUACUUGGCACCUCA